CAGGAAUGAGACUCUCUCGUUAUCAUGGUGACUCUUGGUGGAGGGAUGGUGGACUGUUCUUAUAGACGGAUCUUGGUCAGCGUCGCUGUGAUGCAGGAUGAUGACGAUGCUGAUGCUGUCUGACUGAUUCGGGGGUAAUCACGAAGACUUGACUCACCUGUGCAGGAAGGAAGGCAGACUCGCUGGCCUGUUAUAUGCCAGUGCAGGCAAAGCUGCUUCUCGGACGAUUACGAGCAGGCGGUCUGGAGCAAGGCCGAGGAUUUGGUGACUUGGACGUGUGUCGCGCAAGCCAGGUAGCCAACCUUAAAAGCAAGACUUCGUUUGGCUGGACGGGGAGGCUGUGCGACAGGUUCUUCGCGAACGUGCCGGAGAGAUGUGUUAGGGCGCGGGUCGAGUUUUUGUUGUUUCUUUUUUUUUUAGAGACAGAGGAAAGCAAGGCGGUGGUGAGAUGUAUUUCGGAAAGGUGGGAGAGCGUGGAGGAAGUGAGCCACUUGUAUGUAAGAUUACGCGUGGGGUGGCUUUUUUGGGAGUGCUGAGAAAAAGGAACGCCUUGUCGCCAGAGUGACUACAGCUGCAGAGAAUGGGGGUGCGCCGAUAGCAGCAGAGUAGCAGGAAGGUGGUGGGCGUGUGGCGAGGAAAUUCGGUGUCGGCCGCUGUUGGAAUUAUGUCUCACAGGAGGCGAGCUCGCAAAGGGGAGGGAGAUGAUGCACGAGCGGGCGGAAGAGGAGGCCUUGAAAAGACGUGUGUGAGCGAGAGAGCAGGCGAGAGAGGGAGGGACGGAUGGAAAGGUACGAGAGAUCGCACACGGGACGGUCUAGAAACAUAUAUUGAGUCCGGAGUCAGGGGCGGCGGGCAUCACAGCAGGGCCCAAAGCGAGCAAGGUACAGCGCACACACUGCUGAAUAGUCGGAGCAGUACGUCUGCCGCGCAAAGGGCAAAGCAAUCAAAAAGAGAAAAAAAAAAAACUCCAUCCUGAGCUUGAGCGCGCCCCGUUUCACGGGCGUCGUCGAAGCGCACAACCAAAAGAUGGGACCCGGGUGCUCGGUCCACCCCCUGCCGUUGUGGCGUGCGUGCUGAUGCAGGUACCGGCGCAGGCUCAGGAUGCAGCGCGAGGGAUCCCCUUCCGUGCGAUGUGUUCGUCUCGC